CAUGGAUCGAGUGUUCAUCAGCCAUCGCAGCGGAUUCUCUCUCAAUCGCCUCACCUGAAAACUCCUCCGACUUCUCACCUCCGAUUGCUUGCUGCCGGAGCAAUUUCACGCUUUGGGGUUGAGUGUGGACUAAGCGGAAACGUUAUCUCUGGACUCACUCUUGCCGGUUCUGAAGAAAGAAGCUAAAUGUCUUCUCAAAGCAAGGGAUUUUGGAUGACAAAAAACGGGGGCGUGGGACAUUUAGCUGAUGGGGAUGCAGUUUAUGAUAACUCCUCAAGGAUUGAACAAAAGCGUUCUCAUAAUUGGUUUGCUGAUUCAACUGAAGCAGAAGUAUUUCCCAACAAAAAGCAGCAAGUUGUACAAGUUCCAAUUAACAAAACAACAAAUGGAGUUCUCAGUGCAAGUGGUCCAACUUGGGAUAGCUCUUGCUCUUACCCGUCAAUGCCCACACCAUAUUCAAGCCGUUUAUUCAGAGCUGAAGCAAGCAGGCCUAUGAACUUUGCUGAACAAAACAUUUCCACCAUUACAGGUGACGAUUCAAGUUUGAAUAAACAAGGUAUUGGCGAGCAAUUUGGGAGUGAUUCAUGUAUGGGAUUGACUAUAUCCCAUACUGUUGAAGACGCAGAAAUAUAUCUUAGCUACAGUGGACUUAGAAAAGUGAAAGUUAAUCAGGUUAAGGACCCUGGGAAUGGCAUGUCUAUGGGGCAGGCCUAUAAUAACCAUAGUAAUGAAUCCAUUGCCAUGUCAGUAGGACAAGGCUAUAACAAGGAAGACGGAAACAUGAUGUUUGUGGGCCCUACUACAUAUAAUGUGCAAGGUGAUAAUAUGGGACCCAUAAGCUCCUCUUCGGAAAAGCAGGAUGGAAAUGAGUUAGUAGUGGUUGGUGAAGCUUACAAUAAUAAAGGAGGAGAAGCUGCAUCGGUAUCUUUUGGAAGCUUCCAUGAGGAUAUUGAUGCUCUGGCUCAACCGAUGAAUGGCUAUCAUUUAUUAUAUGAUCAGUCUGCUCUUCAAUUGUCAGAAACAACAACAACAACAACAAAUAAGGAUUUGGACUUGGUGAGUAUUCCACAGGUGGGGAAAUCGAGAGCGGAGACAGUCUCCAAGAGUAAGUCAGAGACAAAGGCAUCUAGGAAAGAGGCUCCAAAUAGUUUCCCAUCAAAUGUCAGAAGCUUGAUAUCAACUGGUAUGCUUGACGGUGUGCCUGUGAAGUAUGUCUCUAUGUUACGAGAGGAACUUAGAGGAGUUAUAAAAGGCUCUGGCUAUCUAUGCGGGUGUCAGUCAUGUGACUACACUAAAGGGCUAAAUGCUUAUGAAUUUGAACGUCAUGCUGGGUGCAAGACGAAACACCCAAACAAUCAUAUUUACUUUGAAAAUGGGAAAACCAUCUACCAGAUAGUUCAGGAGCUGAGGAGCACACCGGAGUCUCAAUUGUUUGAUGCGAUUCAGACUGUGACCGGUUCACAAAUCAAUCAGAAAGCAUUCCGCCUCUGGAAAGAAUCAUUUCAAUUGGCGACACGGGAACUUGAGCGCAUCUAUGGAAAAGAAGAGCUGAACUUGAAGUAGCAUCUAGCAGAAGGAGCUCUGUCUCGAGCAACCUGUGGAAAAGUUAGGGUAUUAUAUAUAUCUCUGCUUCAUUUAUUUAUUAUAAACACUCUGUAACAUGCAAAAUGGGUUGGUUGGACUUGGAACUGACUUAAUCUCAUAAGUUUUGUAUGUGUGUAUAUACAUAACCUUCUCAUUUUUGUUUUAUUUAAUGAUUAUUCCCGGAUGAUGAUGGUA